AUGACCGCCCGUCUUGUCCUGGUCAUCGGUGACCUAUUCAUCCCCGACCGUGCUCCUUUUCGGAAACUCCUCUCCCCCGGAAAGAUCGGCCAGAUCCUAUGUCUGGGCAACUGCACCGACCGCGAGACCUAUGAGUACCUCCGCGGGGUCGCCCCGGACCUGCAAAUGGUCAAGGGCGACUUUGACGUUGACUCGCCCAACCUCCCCGUCUCCAAGAUCGUUGAACAUGGGAACCUGCGCAUCGGAUUUACCCAUGGACACACCAUCGUCCCGAAUGGCGACGCCGACGCCCUCUUGAUCGCUGCCCGCCAAAUGGAUGUCGACAUCUUGCUCUGGGGCGGCACCCAUCGCUUCGAGGCAUUCGAGAUGGAGGGUCACUUCUUUAUCAACCCGGGAAGUGCCACUGGUGCCCUGAGCUCCGGAUUCUGGCCAGAGGGCGAAGAGCCGACGCCGAGCUUCUGCUUGAUGGAUAUCCAAGGCGAUGUCCUCGUUCUCUACGUCUACCAGCUCAAGACCGACGCCAAUGGUAUCGAAAAUGUGGCUGUGGAGAAGGUCUCCUUCCGUAAGAACCGCGCGCCAGAUGCUGCGACGGCAACAACGGCGGCGGCACCGGCACCGGCACCGGCAGCAGCAGCAGCAGCAGCAACUGCGGACUCGUGA